AAAACUUUAUACGGAAACAAACCAUGUGUUAACAUGUCGAAUUUUCGUCACGAUUUGUGUGUCGUUUGAAUAACUGCGUGACUGCUAUGGAAAUAUCAGCCAAUAGUCGUUCUAUAUAUUUUCUUUUGGAUUAAUUUUGUUUGUUUAAAUUCGUCAUUAAAAAUGAGUGUUGAAGCAUUCGACCCAAGCUCGCAAUCGCUCACGUUUCUGGAAACAGAGGAAGGGGACUUUAUUGGAGCAGACACUCAAGGCUCUGAGUUUGAGUUCACGGAUUUUACAUUACCCUCUCAGAGCCAGACACAGGCUUCACAACAUGACCAUGGGUUGUCUUCAUCCAACCAGGUUAACGGAAUAGGACGUGUAGAAUUGUCGUCUAAAAUCUCUAACGUGACUAAUACGAUACCGGAGCUGCAAUUCGAAGAGGAAGAUGAGGCUUUGUACAGCAACAAGGAACUUCCAGAUCAUGCUUGUAAAUACUGUGGCAUACACGACCCGGCCACAGUCGUUAUGUGUAACAUAUGCAACAAGUGGUUCUGUAAUGGCCGCGGUAACACUUCAGGGUCUCAUAUCAUCAACCAUUUAGUACGUGCAAAGCACAAGGAAGCUGCAUUGCACCGUGACGGGCCACUUGGCGAAACACUUCUGGAAUGUUACUCAUGUGGUGCUCGGAAUGUAUUCGUACUCGGCUUUAUACCAGCUAAAGCUGAUUCUGUUGUUGUGCUACUUUGCCGACAACCUUGUGCAGCUCAAAGCUCUUUGAAGGAUAUGAACUGGGAUCAGGAACAGUGGAAACCUCUGAUAUCUGAUCGUGCCUUCCUGUCUUGGUUGGUGAAAGUGCCAUCAGAAACAGAACAAAUGCGAGCUAGACAAGUAACUCCACAGCAAAUAGGCCGCUUAGAAGAGUUAUGGCGUGACAAUGUGGAUGCUACUUUCCAAGAUUUAGAAAAACCAGGAGUAGAUGAGGAACCACAUCAGGUUUUGCUGAGGUAUGAAGAUGGGUACCAAUACCAAAACAUAUUUGGUCCUCUUGUAAAGCUGGAAGCAGACUAUGACAAGAGACUGAAAGAGUCGCAAACUCAAGAGGGUAUUGAAGUUCGUUGGGAUGUUGGUCUGAACAAAAAGACUAUUGCCUACUUCACAUUGGCUAAAACUGAUAGUGAUAUGAAGUUAAUGCAUGGCGAUGAAUUGAGAUUGAGAUAUGUUGGUGAGAUGCAUAAAGCAUGGUCCGGUGUCGGUCAUGUCAUAAAGGUCCCAGAUAACUAUGGUGACGAUGUUGGACUCGAACUGAAGAGCGGUGCUGGGGCCCCUCUAGAUUGCACUUCUAAUUUUGUUGUUGAUUUCAUCUGGAAGAGCACUUCUUUCGACAGAAUGCAACUGGCACUACGUAAAUUCGCCUUAGAUGAUUCUUCAGUGUCUGGUUAUAUAUAUCGGCGUCUGUUAGGCCACGAAGUUGAGGAAGUGCUGUUUCGAGUACAUCUUCCAAAGCAUUUCAGUGCUCCUAAUUUGCCAGACCUUAACAGAUCUCAGGUGUACGCAGUUAAGCAUGCUCUUCAGCGUCCCCUGUCUUUGAUCCAAGGUCCUCCGGGAACCGGUAAGACUGUCACAUCCGCUACUAUAGUGUAUCAGCUCGUCCGGCAAAACGGUGGACCAGUAUUAGUUUGUGCACCUUCGAACACCGCCGUCGAUCAACUAACUGAAAAGAUACACCGGACUGGACUCAAGGUGGUCCGAUUGUGUGCCAAGUCGCGAGAGGCAAUGGAGUCUUCCGUAUCGUUCUUGGCACUUCACGAACAAGCUCGCGCUCUCGGUUCUGCUGAUAGCGAACUUCGGAAACUUACUAGACUCAAGGAGGAAGCCGGUGAACUUUCUGCCGCCGAUGAAAGGCGAUAUCGUUCGUUGCGCCGCGCCGCUGAGAGACGCUUACUGGACGCUGCGGAUGUCAUAUGCACCACGUGCGUAGGCGCCGGGGACCCUCGCGUUGCUCGUAUGAGAUUCCAGUCCAUUUUGAUCGAUGAAGGCAUGCAGUCGACCGAGCCAGAAUGUAUGGUGCCUGUAGUUCUAGGAGCCAGACAGUUGAUUCUAGUCGGUGAUCACUGUCAACUCGGUCCCGUGGUAAUGUGUAAGAAAGCUGCAAAAGCCGGUCUCAGCCAGAGUCUUUUUGAACGUUUGGUCGUUCUCGGAAUCCGUCCGUUCCGACUCGAAGUACAAUACCGCAUGCAUCCUGAACUUUCACGUUUUCCUUCAGACUUCUUUUACGAAGGGUCCUUGCAGAAUGGAGUCAGCGCCGAAGAAAGGCGUUUACACAAAAUCGAUUUUCCGUGGCCCAGACCGGACAGGCCCAUGUUCUUUUACGUCACUCAGGGACAGGAAGAGAUUGCCGGCUCCGGAACUUCGUACUUAAACAGAACUGAAGCUGCGAAUGUUGAAAAACUCACAACUCGGUUCUUAAAAGCAGGCGUCCGUCCCGAGCAGAUCGGUAUAAUAACACCUUAUGAGGGACAACGAUCCUAUCUUGUGCAGCACAUGCAGUACCAGGGCAGUCUACAUGCUAAACUGUACCAAGAAAUCGAGGUUGCCAGCGUCGAUGCCUUCCAAGGGAGGGAAAAAGACAUCAUAAUUAUGUCUUGCGUGCGGUCCAACGAACACCAAGGAAUUGGCUUCUUGAGCGAUCCGCGACGUCUUAACGUCGCUCUCACGCGCGCCAAAUACGGCCUCAUCGUCGUCGGCAAUCCGAAAGUGCUCAGUAAACAACCGCUCUGGAAUCACUUGCUCGCUUUCUACAAAGAGCGCCGUGUACUUACCGAAGGACCGCUUUCGAAUCUGAAAGAAUCCGCCAUUCAGUUCGCAAAACCGAAGAAGCUGGUGAACUCUCAGAAUCCUGGCUCCCAUUUCAUGUCCACCUCGAUGUUCGACGCGCGCGAAGCCAUGGUGCCGGGCUCCAUCUAUGACCGAGCGCGGCCUCCGCGGGACCCGCUGGCGUACGUGGGGCCGGAGCGCGGCGCCCUGCUGCAUGCGCCGGUGCCGCCGGCCGCCUUCCCAACGCAACGCCUGCCGCCGCGCAUGCCGCGCCGUCGCGUCCCGCCGCGCUUCUCGCAGGAGCCCCUGUCGCAGCAGCCGCCGCUCUCACUGUCGCAGGGCGCAUCGCAACCGGACUUCAGUCAGGAGUCCACGGCGCCGGAGUGUCCGUCGCAACCGGACGGGCUGCUGUCGCAGGACUCUACGUACCAGGGCGGGUUCAGAGCACGCUGCAGUCAGUACUGAGAGCGGAGAACGCGGCCGCGGCGCUGACGAGACGACCCGCCCCGACCGGAACGUUAGUCUUCGCCCGUCGACCGUGUUCGCGAGUGGAAACUCAGACCUUGGAAAAUGUGUCAGCGCGAAACGAGCCCUCGCGGUCCACGCGCGGGCUAAAUGUUACCGCAUACAGGGAUAGAAAUUCAUUGGAGGUCCGACUACAGAAAUAAACGGAAAACCCGACUGCUGCCGUGUCUAUCCCCUUGACCUGUGGCGUAAGGAAAUCUUUAAUGAUUUACCUUGUACGCCUAGAAACUAGAAAUCGACAUUUACCCGUUUCAUCAUCUAAAUCGACAAAAUGUAUUAUCGAAAUUCUGUAAUUAUUUCAAUCAGCAAAAUAACAUUUCGUUAUAUAAAAAAAAACUUUUAGUAUUUUAUGUAAAUUACAUAAGCAACAAAAAUAAUAAAAGCAGCAUGCGAGCAAAAAAAACGAGGAAGCAAAAAAGAAAUUUCUUAGUCGACCAAAUUGCAUCUCAUAAAUCGAGUCUCACUUGAUUUUGGUCAGUUGUGAACUCGAUGCUUUCAUCACCGAAUACAUUAUCGAUACCAUUUCACAAAUAGAAAUUCAAGGAAAUCUAAAAUUUCAUAAUCAAGUUAGUAAACGGUGUUAAAUUCCGGUUAUUAUUUUUCCACAAUCAUUAUCAUUCGUGAAAAGUUCUUCAUAGAUCGUUGACAUUUAUUUCAAAACUAAAUUUCGUCUGAAAAAAUCAUGUUCACUUGUAAUUGUUUUUCCUUCUACAAAAAUCAUAUAAAAUGUACUCGUGCAUCUGUCAUUGUCACAAAACAAAAAUAUAAAAAUUAAUACAUAUGACAAGCAAUAAUUUUGUGCAUAAUUUCACUAAACAUAAGAAUUUCUUUUUAAUCACAAAGAACAUAAAACAAGACAAAUACAUAAUUCCAACUGCUUCUGUUGUUAGUUUCUGGUCAUCCGUAUAUUGGUAUUAGUGACUCUUACUUUAAACUAGAUUUUAUAAUGAAUUGUUACAAAAUCUUCAAACAUCCUCCAUCUAUCAUCACCUCUCACAAAAAGGAUACUUCACCUUAGAUAGCUUGUGUUAUAUAUUAGUUUUUUAUGUAUAAU